AUGUCCCGGGGUGGCGCUGACCAUGUUCACGGCAUCCGCGGAUCUAGCCCUGCUAAGAUACCCGGCACCCAAAGGGGAGCAGACGGCAACAUGACCAGCCGACAUAUAGCCGAUGAUUUUGGAAUCUCACCGUUCCAGAAGCAUCUUCUUCUGGACCACGGUCAUCAAUACGUACUCGAUGCCAGCUAA